AUGGAGACCAUUCUCGUUGUUGGAUCUACUGGCAACAUCGGCACGGCCGCUGUCAGCGCUGCCCUACGCACUAAACGCAGCGUCCUGGCUAUUGUCCGUAACCAGAAUUCGGCCGACAAGCUCAUCAAGAACGUUCGGACUUUCAAGGGGAUCACCGUUGUCGACCAAGUUCGGGCUGGCAAGCUCCCAGCGUUCCAACAUAUCUGGUCCAGCGUUGGUGGCGAAUACACUGAUACCCAACUCCCCGAGACUAGCGACGAGCAGCUUGAGUACAAUUUCGAGCUCGGCUUCAAGGCCAACUUCUGCGCGUACCGCGACACCAUUGGUUAUCUUCUCGAGCAAAAGGCAGAGAGCACUUGGACCAUAUGUACUGGCUCGCAGGAUGAUAUAGCACUCUAUCCGGUGCCAGCUAUGACGCAAGGUGCUUUGUUCUCUAUGGUCAUCGCUGCUUGCCGUGACAACUGGAAGCCGAAUGUCUGCGUAAACGAGGUCUUGCUUGGAUUCCGUGUCGAGGUCGAUGAAGUAGCAAAGGAGCAUGGAGUUUCUAAAAUCUUGGCUCGUCCGGAGAUUCGCAGCUCACGCAUUCGCGUUGAUGAAGUGGAUGAUCUUACGAAGCUGCGCUACGCCCGUAGGUUCCCAGAAGAAACUUAG